UACUGAAGAUAAGCUGGGGAUGGAAGAUGCACCUUUGACAUGGCCUGCACAAACCAAUCAGCUUUCGAGUACAUCUCGAAUGCCAGGCCAUUCCUGGUUGGCAACCUCAAAAAUGCUAAACUCAUUGCAGAGAGGCUUCAAGAAAAGGUUAAAGGAAGAGAGUUUGCGGUGUUUAAUUCAUAUGAGGUGAUAGCAGUCACUUCAGAAAAGCAUUCUUUCGAUCAAAACCUAAAACUUUUAGACAUGGUCACCAAAAAGGGGGAAGAUGCCUGCUCUGUAUUCCUCAUGAUUCUGCAUGGUGAAAGAAACAGGACUUUACCAAAGGAGUUGCAUCCCUGGAUCACCUGUUUCGGAGAUGAGCCAGAUAUGGAGCCCACAGUCCAAUGACCGGAAGAUUGAGUUGGACUUGAACUGUAAUGUUUCUGAACAAGUUCUGAAGCUUGUUGGUGACUGCAGUCAGCACAUCAGAGUUGAUUCUUGCUUGCAAACAAUUUGGACAACUGCAUUAAACUCUCAAAAUCCGAUGCUUUUCACUGGUCUGCUGAAUUUGUUUGGACCAGAGUUUCACCUUCCAGUGUGGGAAACAUUAGUGUUUGAGAAAGCAAGAGAAGUGAUAUGCCAGAGACAAGAGAAGAUAAGCCUCAUCUUGCACUGGGAUCCUGCCAGUCAACAUCUGAGCGUAGCUGUCUACCACCUUGUCCUUAGUGUUCUUCCACAACUCAACUCCAUCAGAUUGACACCACCUCAAUUUGAGAUUAUUUCCUCUGACGAGUGGGGAGUGAGAGAGAGGUCAUUUCAUCUGCAUCUGUGUUUGAUUGCUGCUUUCUGUGAGGGAGAAUCUGAGGGGCAAUCUGUAGGCCAACUCGCUACAGUCAGGAUACUGUUCACACUCUUCAGAGUUACCAAUGAAUCUGAUUUCCUCUUAGAGCUUUACUCUCGUGCAAAAGACUCUCAACAUCCCCUGAGUCUCAUUCAGGCAUUACAGCCAGUUUAUCAGUCAGGUCCUGAGGUCUGGACCAUAGUCCUCUCAGAGGGAAAGGCCUCCCUGUUCCUAGAAGUGUUGAAAUUCCAAACACAGAAGAAACCAGUUGAGCUGAGAGGCUGGUCAAAUGAAGAGGAUGAAUUGAGGGUUUUCCUUUGGUGUCUGCCCUACAUAUCACAGCUCAGAUUUCCUGAACCCCAAGAUGGCAGCAUUUCCUCUGAGGAGUGGAAACAGAGAGUGAAGACAUUCCAUCUGGAUCUGUGUCUGCAAGCAGCUCUCUAUGGCGGGAAAUAUGUACUCACCACUGUCAGGACACUGCUUACACUCUCCAGUGUUUACAGUGAAUCUGAUUUCCUCUUAGAUCUGUACUCACAUGCAAGAGGUUAUGAAUCACAAACAGGCAGGAGUUUCAUUUCAGCACUACUGUUAGUUUAUCAGUCAGCUCCUGGAUGCUGGUCCAUAGAUCUCUCAGAGAGGAAAGACUCUCUGCUCUUGGAAGUGCUGAAACUCCAAACACAGAAGAAACCAGUUGUGCUGAGAGGCUGGUCAAAGGAAGAAAAUGAAGUGAGGAAUUUCCUUCAGUGUCUUCCCUACAUAUCACAGCUGAGAUUCCCUGAACCUCAAGAUGGCAGCAUUUCCUCUGAGGAGUGGGAGCAGAGAGUGAAGUCAUUCCACCUGAAUCUGUGUCUGCAAGCAGCUCUCUAUGGUGGGGAAUAUGUACUCACUACUGUCAGGACACUGCUUAUACUCUCCAGUGUUUACAAUGAAUCUGAUUUCCUCUUAGAUUUGUACUCUCAUGCAAGAGGUUAUGAAUCACAAACAGGCAGGAGUUUCAUUUCAGCACUACUGCCAGUUUAUCAGUCAGUUCCAGCAUGCUGGUCCAUAGACCUCUUAAAGAGAAAGGCCUCACUCUUCCUAGAAGUGCUCAAACUCCAAACACAGAAGAAACCAGUGGACCUCAUAGGCUGGUCAGAUGAAGAGAGUGAAGUGAGGAGUUUCCUUCAGUGUCUGCCCUACAUAUCACAGCUCAGAUUCAGUGGAUUUUCUUCAAAUUCAAGCAAAGCAGUCAAGUUCCUGGUGAAUCUCGGUGGUGCAGCAGCUGGGUGUGUUUCAGAUACAGGAAAGAGUUUCUGUGAGCUCUUGUCCUCUGUGUGCAGCUACAGCACUUUCCCUUUUGAUUAUAAGAACAGCUCUGUGCAGAGUGAUGUGCUGCUGGAACUGUACUCCUGUGUGAAGCUCUAUGAGUCUGAAACUAGCAGGAGGCUCCUUCCAGCAUUUAAGCCGGUUUACCAGUCAGUUCCAGAACUCUGGUCCAUAGACCUCUCAAAGAGAAAGGCCUCACUCUUCCUAGAAGUGCUCAAACUCCAAACACAGAAGAAACCAGUGGACCUCAUAGGCUGGUCAGAUGAAGAGAGUGAAGUGAGGAGUUUCCUUCAGUGUCUGCCCCACAUAUCCCAACUCAGAUUCAGUAGAUAUUCUUCAAAUUCAAGCAAAGCAGUCAAGUUCCUGGUGAAUCUCGGUGGUGCAGCAGCUGGGUGUGUUUCAGAUACAGGAGAGAGUUUCUCUGAGCUCUUGUCCUCUGUGUGCAGCUACAGCACUUUCCCUUUUGGUUAUAAGAACAGCUCUGUGCAGAGUGAUGUGCUGCUGGAUCUGUACUCCUGUGUGAAGCUCUAUGAGUCUGAAACUAGCAGGAGGCUCCUUCCAGCAUUUAAGCCGGUUUACCAGUCAGUUCCAGCACUCUGGUCCAUAGACCUCUCAAAGAGAAAGGCCUCACUCUUCCUAGAAGUGCUCAAACUCCAAACACAGAAGAAACCAGUGGAGCUCAUAGGCUGGUCAGAUGAAGAGAGUGAAGUGAGGAGUUUCCUUCAGUGUCUGCCCCACAUAUCCCAACUCAGAUUCAGUAGAUAUUCUUCAAAUUCAAGCAAAGCAGUCAAGUUCCUGGUGAAUCUCGGUGGUGCAGCAGCUGGGUGUGUUUCAGAUACAGGAGAGAGUUUCUCUGAGCUCUUGUCCUCUGUGUGCAGCUACAGCACUUUCCCUUUUGGUUAUAAGAACAGCUCUGUGCAGAGUGAUGUGCUGCUGGAUCUGUACUCCUGUGUGAAGCUCUAUGAGUCUGAAACUAGCAGGAGGCUCCUUCCAGCAUUUAAGCCGGUUUACCAGUCAGUUCCAGCACUCUGGUCCAUAGACCUCUCAAAGAGAAAGGCCUCACUCUUCCUAGAAGUGCUCAAACUCCAAACACAGAAGAAACCAGUGGACCUCAUAGGCUGGUCAGAUGAAGAGAGUACAGUGAGGAGUUUCCUUCAGUGCCUGCCCUACAUAUCACAGCUCAGAUUCAGUGGAUAUUCUUCAAAUUCAAGCAAAGCAGUCAAGUUCCUGGUGAAUCUCGGUGGUGCAGCAGCUGGGUGUCUUUCAGAUACAGGAAAGAGUUUCUCUGAGCUCUUGUCCUCUGUGUGCAGCUACAGCACUUUCCCUUUUGAUUAUAAGGACAGCUCUGAACAGAGUGAUGUGCUGCUAGAACUGUACUCCUGCGUGAAGCUCUAUGAGUCUGAAACUAGCAGGAGGCUCCUUCCAGCAUUUAAGCCGGUUUACCAGUCAGUUGCAGCACUCUGGUCCAUAGACCUCUCAAAGAGAAAGGCCUCACUCUUCCUAGAAGUGCUCAAACUCCAAACACAGAAGAAACCAGUGGACCUCAUAGGCUGGUCAGAUGAAGAGAGUGAAGUGAGGAGUUUCCUUCAAUGUCUGCCCUACAUAUCACAACUCAGAUUCAGUGGAUAUUCUUCAAAUUCAAGCAAAGCAGUCAAGUUCCUGGUGAAUCUCGGUGGUGCAGCAGCUGGGUGUGUUUCAGAUACAGGAAAGAGUUUCUGUGAGCUCUUGUCCUCUGUGUGCAGCUACAGCACUUUCCCUUUUGAUUAUAAGAACAGCUCUGUGCAGAGUGAUGUGCUGCUGGAACUGUACUCCUGUGUGAAGCUCUAUGAGUCUGAAACUAGCAGGAGGCUCCUUCCAGCAUUUAAGCCGGUUUACCAGUCAGUUCCAGAACUCUGGUCCAUAGACCUCUCAAAGAGAAAGGCCUCACUCUUCCUAGAAGUGCUCAAACUCCAAACACAGAAGAAACCAGUGGAGCUCAUAGGCUGGUCAGAUGAAGAGAGUGAAGUGAGGAGUUUCCUUCAGUGUCUGCCCCACAUAUCCCAACUCAGAUUCAGUAGAUAUUCUUCAAAUUCAAGCAAAGCAGUCAAGUUCCUGGUGAAUCUCGGUGGUGCAGCAGCUGGGUGUGUUUCAGAUACAGGAGAGAGUUUCUCUGAGCUCUUGUCCUCUGUGUGCAGCUACAGCACUUUCCCUUUUGGUUAUAAGAACAGCUCUGUGCAGAGUGAUGUGCUGCUGGAUCUGUACUCCUGUGUGAAGCUCUAUGAGUCUGAAACUAGCAGGAGGCUCCUUCCAGCAUUUAAGCCGGUUUACCAGUCAGUUCCAGCACUCUGGUCCAUAGACCUCUCAAAGAGAAAGGCCUCACUCUUCCUAGAAGUGCUCAAACUCCAAACACAGAAGAAACCAGUGGAGCUCAUAGGCUGGUCAGAUGAAGAGAGUGAAGUGAGGAGUUUCCUUCAGUGUCUGCCCCACAUAUCCCAACUCAGAUUCAGUGGAUAUUCUUCAAAUUCAAGCAAAGCAGUCAAGUUCCUGGUGAAUCUCGGUGGUGCAGCAGCUGGGUGUGUUUCAGAUACAGGAGAGAGUUUCUCUGAGCUCUUGUCCUCUGUGUGCAGCUACAGCACUUUCCCUUUUGGUUAUAAGAACAGCUCUGUGCAGAGUGAUGUGCUGCUGGAUCUGUACUCCUGUGUGAAGCUCUAUGAGUCUGAAACUAGCAGGAGGCUCCUUCCAGCAUUUAAGCCGGUUUACCAGUCAGUUCCAGCACUCUGGUCCAUAGACCUCUCAAAGAGAAAGGCCUCACUCUUCCUAGAAGUGCUCAAACUCCAAACACAGAAGAAACCAGUGGAGCUCAUAGGCUGGUCAGAUGAAGAGAGUGAAGUGAGGAGUUUCCUUCAGUGUCUGCCCCACAUAUCCCAACUCAGAUUCAGUAGAUAUUCUUCAAAUUCAAGCAAAGCAGUCAAGUUCCUGGUGAAUCUCGGUGGUGCAGCAGCUGGGUGUGUUUCAGAUACAGGAGAGAGUUUCUCUGAGCUCUUGUCCUCUGUGUGCAGCUACAGCACUUUCCCUUUUGGUUAUAAGAACAGCUCUGUGCAGAGUGAUGUGCUGCUGGAUCUGUACUCCUGUGUGAAGCUCUAUGAGUCUGAAACUAGCAGGAGGCUCCUUCCAGCAUUUAAGCCGGUUUACCAGUCAGUUCCAGCACUCUGGUCCAUAGACCUCUCAAAGAGAAAGGCCUCACUCUUCCUAGAAGUGCUCAAACUCCAAACACAGAAGAAACCAGUGGAGCUCAUAGGCUGGUCAGAUGAAGAGAGUGAAGUGAGGAGUUUCCUUCAGUGUCUGCCCCACAUAUCCCAACUCAGAUUCAGUAGAUAUUCUUCAAAUUCAAGCAAAGCAGUCAAGUUCCUGGUGAAUCUCGGUGGUGCAGCAGCUGGGUGUGUUUCAGAUACAGGAGAGAGUUUCUCUGAGCUCUUAUCCUCUGUGUGCAGCUACAGCACUUUCCCUUUUGGUCAUGAGAACAGCUCUGUGCAGAGUGAUGUGCUGCUGGAUCUGUACUCCUGUGUGAAGCUCUAUGAGUCUGAAACUAGCAGGAAGCUCCUUCCAGCAUUUAAGCUAGUUUACCAGUCAGUUCCAGCACUCUGGUCCAUAGACCUCUCAAAGAGAAAGACCUCACUCUUCCUAGAAGUGCUCAAACUCCAAACGCAGAAGAAACCUGUGGACCUCAUAGGCUGGUCAGAUGAAGAGAGUGAAGUGAGGAGUUUCCUUCAUUGUCUGCCCUACAUAUCACAACUCAGCUUCCUUUAUCGUAAGCUGUAUUGCAAUGCAGAAGAUGUGUUCAGGUUCCUACUGGAUCUCUGUGUUGGAGCAGCUGAGCAUUGCUCAUCUACAGGACAGAGUUUGUCUGAAUUCCAUUCUCCUGUGUGUGCCUUCCUGUCUUGUGCAUUUGAUGAUAAGGGUAAUCUCUAUGGUUAUUCCUGUGACUUUAUGCUGGAUCUGUAUUCACGUGUGAGGGGCAUUGGGAUUGAAAUAGGCAGGAGUCUCCUUCCAGCACUUCAGCCAUUUUACCAGUCAGCUCCUGCAGUCUGGUCCAUAGACCUCUCAGAGAGAAAGGCCUCCCUCCUCCUAGAAGUGCUGCAACUCCAAACACAGAAGAAACCAGUAGAGCUGAGAGACUGGUCAGAUGAAGAGAGUGAAGUGAGGAGUUUCCUUCAGUGUCUGCCCUACAUAUCAGAGCUCAGAUUCAGUGGAUAUUCUUCAAAUUCAAGCAAAACAGUCAAAUUCCUGGUGAAUCUCGGUGGUGCAGCAGCUGAGUGUGUUUCAGAUACAGGAGAGAGUUUCUCUGAGCUCUUAUCCUCUGUGUGCAGCUACAGCACUUUCCCUUUUGGUCAUGAGAACAGCUCUGUGCAGAGUGAUGUGCUGCUGGAUCUGUACUCCUGUGUGAAGCUCUAUGAGUCUGAAACUAGCAGGAAGCUCCUUCCAGCAUUUAAGCUAGUUUACCAGUCAGUUCCAGCACUCUGGUCCAUAGACCUCUCAAAGAGAAAGACCUCACUCUUCCUAGAAGUGCUCAAACUCCAAACGCAGAAGAAACCUGUGGACCUCAUAGGCUGGUCAGAUGAAGAGAGUGAAGUGAGGAGUUUCCUUCAUUGUCUGCCCUACAUAUCACAACUCAGCUUCCUUUAUCGUAAGCUGUAUUGCAAUGCAGAAGAUGUGUUCAGGUUCCUACUGGAUCUCUGUGUUGGAGCAGCUGAGCAUUGCUCAUCUACAGGACAGAGUUUGUCUGAAUUCCAUUCUCCUGUGUGUGCCUUCCUGUCUUGUGCAUUUGAUGAUAAGGGUAAUCUCUAUGGUUAUUCCUGUGACUUUAUGCUGGAUCUGUAUUCACGUGUGAGGGGCAUUGGGAUUGAAAUAGGCAGGAGUCUCCUUCCAGCACUUCAGCCAUUUUACCAGUCAGCUCCUGCAGUCUGGUCCAUAGACCUCUCAGAGAGAAAGGCCUCCCUCCUCCUAGAAGUGCUGCAACUCCAAACACAGAAGAAACCAGUAGAGCUGAGAGACUGGUCAGAUGAAGAGAGUGAAGUGAGGAGUUUCCUUCAGUGUCUGCCCUACAUAUCAGAGCUCAGAUUCAGUGGAUAUUCUUCAAAUUCAAGCAAAACAGUCAAAUUCCUGGUGAAUCUCGGUGGUGCAGCAGCUGAGUGUGUUUCAGAUACAGGAGAGAGUUUCUCUGAGCUCUUAUCCUCUGUGUGCAGCUACAGCACUUUCCCUUUUGGUCAUGAGAACAGCUCUGUGCAGAGUGAUGUGCUGCUGGAUCUGUACUCCUGUGUGAAGCUCUAUGAGUCUGAAACUAGCAGGAAGCUCCUUCCAGCAUUUAAGCUAGUUUACCAGUCAGUUCCAGCACUCUGGUCCAUAGACCUCUCAAAGAGAAAGACCUCACUCUUCCUAGAAGUGCUCAAACUCCAAACGCAGAAGAAACCUGUGGACCUCAUAGGCUGGUCAGAUGAAGAGAGUGAAGUGAGGAGUUUCCUUCAUUGUCUGCCCUACAUAUCACAACUCAGCGUCCUUUAUCGUAAGCUGUAUUGCAAUGCAGAAGAUGUGUUCAUGUUCCUACUGGAUCUCUGUGUUGGAGCAGCUGAGCAUUGCUCAUCUACAGGACAGAGUUUGUCUGAAUUCCAUUCUCCUGUGUGUGCCUUCCUGUCUUGUGCAUUUGAUGAUAAGGGUAAUCUCUAUGGUUAUUCCUGUGACUUUAUGCUGGAUCUGUAUUCACGUGUGAGGGGCAUUGGGAUUGAAAUAGGCAGGAGUCUCCUUCCAGCACUUCAGCCAUUUUGCCAGUCAGCUCCUGCAGUCUGGUCCAUAGACCUCUCAGAGAGAAAGGCCUCCCUCCUCCUAGAAGUGCUGCAACUCCAAACACAGAAGAAACCAGUAGAGCUGAGAGACUGGUCAGAUGAAGAGAGUGAAGUGAGGAGUUUCCUUCAGUGUCUGCCCUACAUAUCAGAGCUCAGAUUCAGUGGAUAUUCUUCAAAUUCAAGCAAAACAGUCAAAUUCCUGGUGAAUCUCGGUGGUGCAGCAGCUGAGUGUGUUUCAGAUACAGGAGAGAGUUUCUCUGAGCUCUUAUCCUCUGUGUGCAGCUACAGCACUUUCCCUCUUAGUCGUGAGAACAGCUCUGUGCAGAGUGAUGUGCUGCUGAAACUGUACUCCUGUAUGAGGCAUUAUGAGUCUGUAACUAGCAGGAGGCUCCUUCCAGUAUUUAAGCCAAUUUACCAGUCAGCUCCAGCACACUGGACCAUAGACCUCUCAAAGAGAAAGGCCUCACUCUUCCUAGAAGUGCUCAAACUCCAAACACAGAAGAAACCAGUGGAUCUCAUAGGCUGGUCAGAUGAAGAGAGUACAGUGAGGAGUUUCCUUCAGUGUCUGCCCUACAUAUCACAGCUCAGAUUCAGUGGAUAUUCUUCAAAUUCAAGCAAAGCAGUCAAGUUCCUGGUGAAUCUCGGUGGUGCAGCAGCUGAGUGUGUUUCAGAUACAGGAAAGAGUUUCUGUGAGCUCUUGUCCUCUGUGUGCAGCUACAGCACUUUCCCUUUUGGUUAUGAGAACAGCUCUGUGCAGAGUGAUGUGCUGCUGGAACUGUACUCCCGUGUAAAGCACUAUGAGUCUGAAACUAGCAGGAGGCUCCUUCCAGUAUUUAAACCAGUUUACCAGUCAGCUCCAGCACACUGGUACAUAGACCUAUCAAAGAGAAAGGCCUCACUCUUCCUAGAAGUGCUCAAACUCCAGAAGAAACCAGUAGAGCUGAGGUGCUGGUCAGAUGAAGAGAGUGAAGUGAGGAGUUUCCUUCAGUGUCUGCCCUACAUAUCACAGCUCAGAUUGCAUAGUGGCUGUGAUGCCCAGUCUCUACUACUGGAUUGUGCUGAUGUUGGGUCUAGAGAAGAACUGACUCUUCUGGUGAAGUUUCUGGACUUCAAUCUCAAGAUUGGAGGGGACCUAUACAGCUCUAAGUGCAGAUCUUUAGGGCGGGUGCUUAGCUGGGUAGCCUCCAGACUGGACCUCACCCUGACACCUGAGCACAUCUCUCUCAGGGGAGUCAGGCUGCUCAUCAGAGGAGUCAAUCACCAUAAAUUGAGGUUGAAUGGCAAGAUGGUGAUGAGGCUGGUCAGAGCAAUGAGGACUGGGAGAGGUUUGGCUCCAGUUACUGUUGAGGAGCUCAGCCUGGACCUCAACAGUACAGGUGUCUCUCAGAGAGUGCUGUCCAGGGUCCUGAGCGGCCUGGCUCUCCUCCUCAGACUCUGGACUGUCCGGUGUCUGGAUCUGACAUCUUGCAGGGUUGAUGGUCACUUUCUCAUCACCUUUCUCUGUCAUCAGGACCCUCUGAAGCUCAGACUGAAUAAGGAAGAUAUGCAGCAGCUGUUUCUGCUGGUGUCUGAAGUACAGGAAGUGGAACUCACUCAGUCCUUCCUGGAUAAGGUUGGAGGUGACCUGACCAACUGCACUUUGACCCCAGAAGUGCUUCUCUUCAUGCUUCAGCACUACUCUGGACCUGUCACUGUGGACUUAAGGAAGAGCAAGAUCACAGAGAGGAAUACUAGAGAACUCCUGCCCCUGCUGGACAGGAUACGGUUUAAGAGGCUCUCUCCAGGAUUCAUAAUGUCCAUCAUCAGAGAGAUCUACCAGACUCGUUCCCCUCGGUAUGUGAGCAGCCUGCUGAGGUCUACAGAGAACUACAUCAACCUGACCACCAGAGCCCUGGAUGCUGCUGACUGUGCUGCCCUGCAUUUCACCUUACAGCACAGCCAGGGGGUCAGACUCAACCUGAUGUGGACCUUCAUACCAGAGGGGGAGCUGGAGAACUUCCUGCAGUUUUUCAGCAAUGUCUUUCAGCUCAGUGUUGACAGGCAGCUGCUGUUGAGGUUCCUCAACUGCUGUUACUCCUCAGACGUCCAGCAGGGGGCAGCAGCAGCUCUUCUUCAGGCUCUGCAGCACAGACUGGACUUCUCCUGCUCCUCUGCUAUGGACCUGACAGAUGGGACACAGGAACCACCUCUGCACCUGAGACCGCAGGACUGCAGGGUCAUCUCCAUGGUGAUCCAGAUGUUCAACACCAACACUACGCUCACGCUGACGGACUGUGAUGUGGUGGAGGCGGGGCUACAACACAUUUUCUCUGCUCUAGAAAGACUACGUCUGAGGUGCACUAAGGGCCAGCUGUUGCAGUUCCUGACGCUGGUGCAGGUCGGCUCUGAGAUAGAGUGUGUGAGGAGAGCCGUGUCUCUCUCCCGUGCUGUGGGUGGGGAGUUGGACCUCAGUCACACUGUGCUGGACGAUCGGGCCUGUGGAUCUCUGGCGCUGUUUCUGGAAUAUUCUGAAGGGCUGUCUGAACUGGACCUCAGCCACUGCCAGCUCACAGACCGUUGCCUGGAACCACUGCUCCCUCAUCUGCACAAAAUACAAGUCUUGGACCUCAGUAACAACAGCAUUACUGAUAAAGGGGCUCAGCAGAUCUACAAUACCGUCAAUAAAACAACCUCAAUUCAGACUGUAAGACUCUUCAACAAUGUGAUUAAGAGCAAACAGCUCUACCUUGGAGACAAGCGCUUUGAGCUGUGGUGAUCAUGGACAGUUUAGUGGUGAUAGAACCACUGGAUCUGAUCUGAUGUGGCUCCUAUUCACCUCCAUACAAUGCGUAGGAAAGGGAACAUCUUUUUACCUCUUCAGAACUUUUUUCAAUGCCAGUGGCUCUCAGGGAAAGAAUUUAUUAUUUCAAUUUAUUUCAAUAAUUGUAUUUUUUCCAUGUACUGUAUUGGGGACUUUGUCCUUAACUUUGUGCCUUACCAUAAUAUCUCAUGCUGAAUUGUGGGUGUUCUGUAUUUUAUAUAUGUUUUAUAUUCUAUUCAUGAACAGUUAAAGCAAGCUUGUAAAGUUUUUGUGACCAGUAUGAAAUACUGUACGAUAGAUGUGAUACAAAAUGUGGUUAGAAUAUCAAAAACAGUUUUUAGGUUUCUCUUAUAAAAUCCAAUUGUUCAGAAAAUAACCUUCUACCUUCUGAAAAGUUGAAAUUUGAAUUGAAGUAGCCGAACACGACUGGCUUCAAUGCUCUUGAUACAAUGUGUGUGAUUUGUAGGAACUGUUCAUGGUUCAGUUCAAACCAUUGUUUACAUUUCUAAGAGCCAGCUACAAUAUUCAGGUACAUUUUUUGCGAGCACACACUGAGCUGACAGGUAGAGAAACAUUAUUUUUUUUAUGUAUUUAGAUGACACCUUUACCUCAGUCGACUUAUUGGACACAAAUUACAGAGACAUCUCCCUUGGAGCACCACAGGGUUAAAGGAGAAAUCCGGCGAGUUUUCACAUACAUCUCGUUUCUCGAGGGUCAUGCAAAUAGGAGCUCAUGAACAUGCCCCCAGAGUGUAGCACUGUGGCUGCCUGGCUGCGUUAGCUGCUGGCUGUAGCAACUUUAAACUAAGUAAAACCGAUUGUUUUCAGCCUUUUUUUUUAGUACUGACAGUGACCUCGAGAUCUAUCUGAAAACUCGUCGGAUCACUCAGGGGCACAACAGUGGCAGCUGAACUCGAACCCAUGACUUUCUGGCGCAGUUUUCUGAAUUUUCACGCAAAGUGUAUUGGAUUGAAAUGCGGACUCUACCUUUAUCAGCAGCAGCCAUAAAUCAUGUUUACAGCUUGUUCAAAAUAUUUAUUAUGGCUUGAAAUUUGUGGGCUCUAAUUUGAAUGACAGCAAAGAGCAAAGUUUGUCAGUGAGCAAAGUGUCUCAUGCAUGAAAUAAAAGCUAUUGUUUGGUCUGUGGGAGUAUUAAGAUGACCCACCGAUGUUUGUUCUUAGGAUCUUGAUUUUGAUAUUAAAGGAACAGAUAAAGUUAGCCAAGUUAUUAAAUUAGCUUCAGUUAGGCUUGUAGGUUGUAAGUGGUUCUACUGUAGAUUAUUUCUAACCCAUAACACUUUUUAACACAUUUAGAGAAUCUCCUCAUGAUGUGCCGGCUUCCCAGUCUUGGUACACAAUAGGUGAACAGGAAACAAAUUAAGUGGGUCUCCCAAACAAUAACAAAACACCCCUGUGGAGUGGCUCGGGACUGAAAGGAAGGGUGAGCUUCCUCCCUCUCUGGUGUGUUUUGCUGGUUUUGCUGGUUCAGAUAUAUUGUAGGUUGCUUCGGACAAAAGCAUCUGCUAAGAAACAUAAACAUCAACAAAUGUGACGUCAUCCAGCAUCGCUUACAGCCCCUUUAAGACUUGUCUCCUUUGUCGCCUUUGAUUUAAUAGAUAGUAUUGGUAUUUUUGUGAAACUGCCUAACUUGCAUUAGACUAGUCUAUAAGCAGGAUUAAGAUCCUAUCACUAAAGGUCAGUAUAGGAUAGUUUUGUGAAACCGGCCACACUGUUUCAAAGGCUUCAUGUUCACAGCCAACCAGCAGAUGGCGCCCAAAUAAUAUGAAAUCAAGUGUGCUCAUUCAAAGACUGACUGUCUUUUUUUUCUAUAUGUUUUUAUCCUCAAUUUGAAGAGUAGCUGAGUCCAAAAGUAGUUGUAGGCUAACUGGCAGAGCAAGACGCUGAUAAUGUCAAUGUUAUGGUUCGCUAGAAGAUUAUGUGUGUCAGUAUGUCUGCAGAAACAAACUUGUCUAUCUUCUACCAUCCCUGUACUUGAACAUGGUAGCUACAGUAAUAAAAGUGCAUGUCUAUAACUCCAA